AUGAGGGUGAGGGUUGAGCGGGCCCGGCGGAGUGCGGAAGUGAGCGGGAGAACUGCGUUUCCCGUGACGCCCCGCGCGGCGCGGACCGGAAGUCGUGUUGCUAUAGCAACGGGACGCCAUGGGGCUGGACUACUACGCUGUGCUGGAGCUGGACCGCGGGGCCACCGCCGACGACAUCAAGAAGGCUUAUCGGAAGUUGGCCCUGAAGUACCACCCAUUAAAAUGCAAGGAGCCCUGGGGGCCGAAGAGGUUCCAGCAGCUGGCAGAGGCCUACGAUGUGCUCAGCGACCCUAUGAAGAAAGGCAUCUACGACAAAUUUGGGGAAGAGGGGCUCAAAGGUGGCAUCCCCUUGGAAUUGGCGAGUGACAAUCCUUGGAGCAUCGGAUAUGUGUUCCACAACAACCCUGAAAAAGUCUUCAGGGAGUUCUUUGGAGGGGACAACCCCUUUGCAGAGUUCUUUGCUGAGGAUGGCUCGGAGGUGCUGCUGCCCUUUGGAGGGCCCCGAGGCCGGGGGGCCCUGCGGCGGGACCCCCCCAUCGUGCGGGAUCUCUACGUGUCCCUCGAGGACCUGUUCCAUGGCUGCACCAAGAAGAUUAAGAUCUCCCGCAGGGUGAUGAACGAGGAUGGGCAGACAAGCACCAUCAGGGAUAAGAUCCUAACGAUUGACGUGCAGCCAGGAUGGAAGCGCGGCACCAGGAUCACCUUCGAGAAGGAAGGAGACCAGGGCCCUAACAUCAUUCCAGCUGACAUCACCUUUGUAGUCCAGGAGAAGCUUCACCCCAGGUUCAAAAGAAUCGACAACAACCUCCUUCAUGUUGCCAGCAUCCCCCUGUCAAAGCAGGCGCUGACUGGAUUCACCCUGGAUGUGUGGACGCUGGAUGGGAGGCUGCUGAACAUCCCCAUCAACGACAUUGUGGACCCCAAGUACUACAAAAUGGUGCCAGGGGAGGGAAUGCCGCUGGUCCAGGACCCCCAGCACAAGGGGGACCUCUACAUCUACUUUGACAUCCUCUUCCCCAAAAGGCUCAGCCCUGAGGUGAAAACACUCUUGAAAAGCAUCCUCCAGCCCUAGGGACAGUGACCUUCCCCCUCUCCCCCUUCCUUAUUUCCCCCCCCAAUAAAGCUUUGGAGCCAGCACUGGGACUGGGCAGAAGUUCUUCCAAAUGCUGGGAACCCUAAGCCACAGGAUCACCCUAAAACAACAGCCCUGAGGCCUGGCCUGGGUCCUGCUGGCUUUGUGGUCUCUGCUCCCACCCUGCAGCAGCAGCUCUGCAGCCCCAAGGGAGGAUUUGGGGGGAUAGAGGGAGGCACCCAUGGCCAAGACCCUGCCCACUGGCCUCAGUGCUUUAUUUUCCUAAUCCCAGAAUCUGUCCCUACCAAAGCUGAGCCCUGACAGUGCAGGGAGAGGUCAGGUAACACUUGUGUUGCCUUUUCCAGUGGCACUCCAGGGCUGGAGAAUGCCCUAAAAGGGGAGGAAACGCUGACCCUGCUGCAAUCAGACCCCAUAGGGGAGGUUUAUUGCAAGUGCCAGUAGGGAAUAACAGGAAGCUGUGCCGGGAAAAGCAGCUGAAGGGAACAUGCCAGGGAUAUCCCCAUCCCAAAGGCAGCGUGGGUUGGGAUACUUGGGGUUUAGUCAGCAUAGUGAGGUUGUGAGUGCUCAGUGGGGCAUCCCCCACUCACCCUUUGGAGAAACCAGUGAGAACAUCCUGGGUGAGGAAUGAAGGCACCUGGGCACAGGGGCUGCCUCACCACGAGCCAGGAGCAUGUCCAGAGAUCAGCUGAAUCCUAGGGAAUUCCCUCAAGUCUCCCACAGGGACAUCAGUGGGGCUGUGGGGAUGAGGGUUAUAAAUAGCCAGUUCUUUGGGAUAUAAACCUGUCAUUGUCCUGAUCCUGGCUGAGACCUCAGAUCCCUGAACACCACAGCUCCAUCACCCCAGAGGAGCUCUGUGGAUUCCAAAUUCUGGAAACAGCCUCCAAACUGUUGUAGGAUAAUACUUUAGAAUGUCUCAAAGGGCAGCAGCUCCUGCACCCCUGAGCACCACAAUUCCAUGAUCCCAAGGGAUCCCGUGGCUGCAGACCUGCUGCUCUGUGGGUUCUGCACAGCCAGCUGGGAUCCUGCAUUCCCAAGAAAGGGACAUUAAACUGGGAAUCAGGGAAUCCCUGCACACCUCCACUGUGAGAGGUGACACCAAUGCAAAUAGAACAGUGCCCUGCUCCAGCAUUUUCAUCCUUACCUGUUUUAGCCAUUAAAAUAUGCUCCUUUUUCUUACUCUAUUCUUUGCCUAUUGUAUCACAACCAUUUUCAUCCCAGAUCCCACUUGUCAGUUACUCAAUCAUUUACCAUUGCACUUUGGACAAAAUAAGGGACACCAGGGAUGCUGGACCACAGGAAAUCUGCAGGAGAAACCCAUUAGAACCUGACAGAGAAAGGUUUCAAGGUAUUCCACAACGCAGAAAUCUGUCCAUGCCUUGUCAGGCCACCCCAGUUCUGUCACAUCCACCUGAGCUGUGCAGGCCAAGGCUCCCUUUC